AUGCGAGAAAAAGAUCACUCACCAAGAAAAAUGCUUCCCAGUCCUAAGCAAGGGGCGGUCUAUCCGCUACUUGGCCUGGGCUCGACCGUGUCGGCUCAGCUACCGUUCGAUUUUUCCACCAACAACCGCUCCUCGUCUUCGAAUUUAUUGCAUCAACAGCAAAGUUUGCUGGAUCAACCGCUGGAUCUACGGGUAGAUCAUAAAAAGUCGACGAACAGUAGCAAUUCAACGACCUCCGACGAAGAGGAACCUCUACGAACUGCCAACGAGGACACCACCAAGCCAGGCGGCGUAAUACAGUUCCAGGAUAAUAAUAAUAACAAUAAUCUGAGCAAUAACAACACCACAAGCCAUCGAAAAAGUCCAAGUCCUAUCAAUAACAAUAACAAUAAUAAUAACAAUAACAACAACAACAACAACAACAACAAUAGUGUUAAAUACACCAAUAACAACCACAUCAAUGUGAAAGACGAGUUCCGAAUAUCUAAUCUAGCGAGUCACAAUCCUCCAAUCUUCCCACCGCCCGGGAUUAAUCCACUCAUGCUGGAGGCGAUCGCUAAGGCCGGCUUGCCUCUGCCGGGCUAUCGGAAUUCCUUUCUACCCGCACGCUCUCCCGUCACGUACGAUCUCCAGCGGCUGAAGGAACGAGAUGCCCUCGCCGCAAGUCUCAACCAGCUUCGCCAGGGAACCAACGGAAACGGAAUCCCGAGCAGCAACAGUAACAACAAUAACAACAACAACAAUAACUCGAACAGCAUCAACCACAAUCUACCGCCGGGGGCUGCCAAAAACAAAGAUCGCUACUCGUGCAAGUUCUGCGGUAAAGUGUUUCCUCGAUCGGCCAACCUGACGCGGCAUCUGCGGACGCACACCGGCGAGCAACCGUACAAAUGCAAGUACUGCGAACGUUCCUUCAGCAUAUCGAGCAACCUGCAGCGUCACGUGCGGAACAUCCACAACAAGGAGCGUCCCUUCAAGUGUGCCCUCUGCGAGCGCUGCUUCGGUCAGCAGACCAACCUCGAUCGUCACCUCAAGAAGCACGAAGCCGACGCCGCCGGACUGGGUCUCGGGCUGGACGAACGCCUCCGGGCGGCCCGACGAAACAGUCGUGGCAUUCCGGAGGAUUCGUACUUCGAGGAGAUUCGUUCCUUCAUGGGUAAGGUGACACAACUGCCCAUCCCUCUGCGGAUGCAACCCCAGCCACACCAUCAGCCGCAUCAAUCGCAGCAGCUACAACACCAGCAGCAACAGCAGCAGCAGCAGCAGCAGCACACUACACUAUCGGCCCAGGUCCAGGCUGCGGCCGCAGCCGCCGCCGCCGCCCAGCAGCAAGAGGCGACCGGAUCAUCUCGCAGUUCGACUCCUUCGGAGCCGGCUUCACCGGCCGGAAGCUCGCGCAGCGGUCAGCUGGAAAUCAAAAUGGAAGCCAACGACGAUGACGACGACGAGGGGGAACAGGUGCAGGUUACCUGA